AUGGAUGGGUUUGAGCGGGACCGGGGCAUUGUGAUGGAUGGGUUUGAGCGGGACCGGGGCAUUGUGGUCAUAGCUGCAACCAACAGAAAGGAGGACCUGGAUCCGGCUCUCAUCAGUCGUUUUGAUGCAGCCAUUACAUUCUCCCUCCCGGACGCACACACUCGCGCGCUGAUCAUCGCUCAGUACGCACGCCACCUCACUCCGGGGGAAAGAGAAACCCUUGCACAGGCAUGCGACAAGUGA